GGUUCCGGCGCGUGCGCGCGCGGGGCGAGCGCGAGUCCCUGGCGACCGGGGGGAGAGCGGGACCGGGGGACACGCGGGGGCAGACGGACACACGCAGGGACACACGGGGACAGGCGGCCCGCCGCCAUGGAGCACGGCCAGCAGCAGCAGCAGCAGCAGGACGAGGGGGAGGAGGAGCAGCGGGCUCAGGAGCCGUGGUUCUGGCUGGCAGCAGAGCUGGGGAGCAGCUGCUCCUGGGACACCAAGCUGGGCCUGAGCUGUGCCAGGAGGGAGCUGUCGGAGCUGCCCACGCUGGAGGAAGGGCUGCUGUCCUCAGCAGAAGCUUCUGGAGCUCCAGCCUCACCCCUGGAUAUCCAGGAGAGCAGAUUCUCCCCCUGCCUGCCCCUGCUGCUGAGCCCAGGCCUGGCUGAGACGUUCCUGCAGGGAUCCCAGCUGGAUUUCCUUCCCCUGAGAGGAAUCCCGGAUGUUUCUGGAGCAUUCCUGGAGUGUUCAGAGCCUCCCCAGGUCCAUGGCAGCGCAUCCCUGAGGGGCCCAGCCCUUCCCAGUCCAUCCCAGCCCGUGGGACAGGCGGAUCCUGGAGCUGCCCCCCGGGCUGGGGAGCCCCUGGGCAGCCAGGGGGACAGUGGGGACAGUGACAGUGGCACUGAGCAGGAGGCACCAGCCCCCCCAGCACAGCCAGCUCCCGAGGAGGGGCUGGCAAAGGGGCUGGAGCAGCCCUGGGGCACAGCUGGGAAGGAUGGACACUGCUCUGGUCACUCCUGUGGCCACUCCUCCCAGGACAGUGAUGGCCCAGCUGCUGGCUCUGAGCUGUCAGAGGGCAACAAGGAGUCCCCGGGGCAGGAGGAAUCCUCCUCCUCCUCCUCCUCUUCCUCCUCCUCCUCGGGAAGCUCCUCGUACACAACUGCACUGACCAAAUUCUCUGAGAGAAGUGAAAGGGGGGUGCAGCCGGAGAAGGUGAAGGUGCUGGGGAGUGCAGCAGCAGCCCUGGAGAAACUGGAGAAGGGAAAGAAGGUGCCUGAGCUUGGCUGGUCAGAUAACUUCUGUGAUGGCCUGAGGAAAGGCCGUGCCAAAACCUCGGGUGCUCAAGGUGUUCUCUGUGCAGCAGCCUCUGGGGCAGGCAGGGGAGGGCUGCAGGAGCCUGGGGUGCAGCCCAGGGGCUCCCGGGGGCUCCCAGCUGCUCCUGAGGAGCUGCAGGGAGCUCUGCUGGACCAGCAGCAGCCAGCAGGGAGGCUGGGGACGCUGAGCCAGCCCCAGGACACUGCCCCGUGCCCUGGGCAUUCCCCAGAGCCUGCAGGGAGCAGGGCUGAGCUGACUGCCUCUGACUGCUCCAUAGAGAGGGGCCACAAGGCCACAGAGAUCUCCCCUUCCUUCAGCCUGGGGGGUGAGGGCUCCUUCUCCCUGCACCUGGCUCAUCCCAACUUCCAGUCCACUCCAGGGGUGCUCCUCAAGAGAGCUGGGAAGGCAGAAGGACCUGCUGGAGUCCUGGUGAUCCCUUCGGAGCUUCAAGGCUCUCCUUGCUGUCCCAGUGAAGAAGCCCCAGGGAAGCCCCCUGCCCCUGGGUCCUCUGGGGAGCAGCACCCUCCCCAGAGUGCUGUGGAAGAGACCUGUGGGCGUUUGGAGUCCUUGAGGCUGGAGUCCCCCUGCCCUGGCAGGAUGCAAUCCCUCCCCUCCCUGGGGCUCCUGGAGAAGGUGGAACCCCCCAGCCCUGGCAGGCUGCAGUCCUUCCCAUCCCUGGGGCUCCAGGAGAAGGGAGAAUCCUCCUGCUCUGGCAGGAUGCAAUCCCUCCCAUCCCUGGGGCUCCUGGAGAAGGUGGAAUCCCCCAGCCCUGGCAGGAUGCAGUCCUUCCCCUCCCUGGGGCUCCUGGAGAAGCUGGAAUCCCCCUGCCCUGGCAGGAUGCAGUCCUUCCCAUCCCUGGGGCUCCAGGAGAAGGUGGAAUCCCCCAGCCCUGGCAGGAUGCAGUCCCUGCCCUCCCUGGGGUUCCAGGAGAAGCUGGAAUCCCCCAGCCCUGGCAGGAUGCAGUCCCUGCCCUCCCUGGGGUUCCAGGAGAAGCUGGAAUCCCCCAGCCCUGGCAGGAUGCAGUCCCUGCCCUACCUGGGGCUCCUGGAGAAGGUGGGAGCCUGGGCCCUGGGCCAGCCUCAGCAGGGUCCCGGUGCCACCAGCUCCCGUGUGCCAGGUGGGUCUCCUGCUGCCAGGACAGCCUGCAGCGCACCUCCCAGGGCUUCAGGCUGUGUUUUAUCAGUCCAGAGGAGCCCUGGGCACCCCGAGGAGCGUGCUGCCCCUGGCUGCAGGGGGACAGGCUCCCUGGGCAGCGUGCAUUUCCCCAGCAGCGAGCUGCUGCCUGCCCCUGCUCUGAGCAGGUCCCAGUCUGACAGCACCGUGAACAUUUCCAGCAGCAGCAGAGCCCUGCCUGCAGCGAGCCCGGCAGCACAGGGCACGGGGCAGCCCCCGGGGCAGCAGAGCCCUGCUCUGGGAGCCUCUGGCAGCUGCACCCCCCCAAAGCUGCUGCCUGCACCCCGUGCUGAAGGGGUGCCCAGCACCGCCAGGCGAAGCUCGGCCCCAGGGGUGUGUGUGCCCAGUGCUGCUCAGCUCCUUCAGAAGGACGGCAGCUGCCCAGCUGAGGAGCAGCAGGACUGUGGGGAGGAGGGAAAUCCGUCCCUCAGCCUCAGUAUUCCCACUGGUCACGGCAUCAUGGACAGCUUUGGAGCCGUUUCCUUGGAGAGUUUGAAUUUUCCUGAUGGUCCUGAAGAGCCUCAGGGGGCCCUGGUGGUGCCCAGGCCCUGCCCCAGUGCAGGAGGGGACAGUCCCAUGCCCCCUGGAGCAGCCCUGGAGACUCCCAAGAAGGAAGAGCUGAAUAUUGAAGAAAGGAUCCCGGUGUACCUGCGCAACCUGGGCAUCGAGCAGUCCCCGGGCUCCAUCCUGGCCCCCUUCGUGCCCCCCGCGCCCCUCCCGGAGCUGGAGUUCUCCCCCUGGCAGCUCAGGAGCCUGCAGCCCCCCCUGGACACGCUGGACAGGGACCCCCCCCACGCUCAGGGGGCGUUGCUGCCAGCCUUUGAGAUGUCCCAGGCCAGCUUUGGCUCGGAUGUGUCCCCUCUGAGCGUGUCCCUCGCCGUGGGCUCCGAGGCUGGCUCGGAGCAGGAGCAGGAGCUGCUGUCCCCCCUCGGGGACCCCCCAUCCAGCCCGGGCAGUGUGCCAGGCCCCCAGCUGGAGGAGGCUGCCCCAGCCCGGGGGGCAGAGGGGUGCCCUGGCAGUUCUGGGGCACGGCAGGACCUGCCCAGCUGCUCCUCGGGCAGCAGCCAGCAGGGAUGGGCUGUGGGGGCUUUGCCUGGGGUUGGGAAUGAGGUGGAAUUGGACAGGGCAUCCCCGAGCUCCGGGGUGGGAAGUGAGAGCAGCCAGGGCCAGGAAAAGGAGUCCCUGCUGGGGCCUGGGGUGCUGCAGGAGCUGCGGGAGCUGCUGGCACAGGUGGAGGGGCUCACUGCCAGCUGCAGCCGUCCUGCUGGCCCCACAGCCUCCUGCAGGGAGCCCGGGGAGCUCCCCCCGGGGCUGCCUGGGGGGGAGCAGGGUCCCAAGGGUUCCAGGCUGGGCCAGGAGUGGAUCCCCGAGCUGCACAAGAGGCUGUCGUGGGAUGAGGCCGUGACCCCGAGGGGUGUGCGGGGACAGGGGCUGGGGAUGCCCCCUCUGGAUGCUGCCAGCUGCCAGCUGGCAUGGGGAGACCCUCUGGGGGCCAGCUCCCAGCGCAGGGAAGGGCUGAGGGGAACGGCCCAGGAGAUGAGGGCAGGGAAAUCCGCGGGGAGGUCGGAGCCAGAAGGGUGCAGCAGUGUGACCGCGGGCAGGGACCAGGCUGCCCGUGCAGGACUGGCACAGGGCAGUGCCAGCAGUGUGACCACGGGCAGGGACCAGGCUGCCCGAGCGGGGCUGGCACAGGGCAGUGCCAGCAGUGUGACCGCGGGCAGGGACCAGGCUGCCCGAGCGGGGCUGGCACAGGGCAGUGCCAGCAGUGUGACCACGGGCAGGGACCAGGCUGCCCGUGCAGGACUGGCACAGGGCAGUGCCAGCAGUGUGACCACGGGCAGGGACCAGGCUGCCCGAGCGGGGCUGGCACAGGGCAGUGCCAGCAGUGUGACCGCGGGCAGGGACCAGGCUGCCCGAGCGGGGCUGGCACAGGGCAGUGCCAGCAGUGUGACCACGGGCAGGGACCAGGCUGCCCGAGCGGGGCUGGCACAGGGCAGUGCCAGCAGUGUGACCGCGGGCAGGGACCAGGCUGCCCGAGCGGGGCUGGCACAGGGCAGUGCCAGCAGUGUGACCGCGGGCAGGGACCAGGCUGCCCGAGCGGGGCUGGCACAGGGCAGUGCCAGCAGUGUGACCACGGGCAGGGACCAGGCUGCCCGAGCGGGGCUGGCACAGGGUAGUGCCAGCAGCCACCUCAGCGCUGGCACAGCUCCAGAGCUGGGCCAUCCUCCUCCCCUGGAGCCCCUGGGCACUGCCCCCGCUGGCCUGGGGGGCUCCCAGGGCUCGUGGUGCCAGGCUGGGAGGGCAGCAGGGACCCGGGGCAGCCAGGACAGCAGCAGUGGGGAUUCCCUCAGUGCCCGGGUCAGGAGCCUCCUGGGGGAGCCCGGGCGCUGGCAGCAGCCGGGCAGUGCCCCGGGGGCGGUGCAGGGCAGCGUGCCCGGGGCUGGGGCUGCCCGGAGCCCGGCUGGCAGCAGCAGCAGCAGCAGCAGCAGCAGCAGCAGCAGCGGUGACUCGCUCGCUGCCCGUGUCCGCCGCCUCCUGGGCAGCGCCGCCCCCGGGGUCCCGGCCAGCCGCAUGCUGAGGAGCGCCGAGGAGCAGGAGAGGAAGAUCCGGGCCUGGGUGAAGCUGAAACUGGCCAGCCAGUCCCAGGAGCAUGGGGCAGACUGGGAUGAAGAGACCCAGCUCAGGAUGGAGGCAAUCAAGGCAGAGCUGCUCCCAAAGACCAGGGACCCCACGCCAGCCAAGGAUCCCUGGCUCUGUGGUUUGGAAGCAGCUUCUGAGCACCUGAGGAAGCAGGAGCAGGACCUGGAGGGUGACCAGGCUCCCGGGUGUCCCAGGGACAGGCAUGGACAGCUCUCCAGGACUCGGGAGCUCCUCCAGCCCAGCUCCCCACCAGCAGCACCAUUCCCUAGAGCUGUUCCCUGGGAUUGCUCCCUGCUGCAGGACAUGCUGAAACCCUGCAGUGCUGCUGACCUGCAGGACAUGCAGCUGAAACCCUGCAGUGCUGCUGACCUGCAGGAUGUGCAGCUGAAGCCCUGGAACGCUGCUGAGAUUAAAGACAUGCAGCUGAAACCCUGCAGUACUGCUGAGAUGAAGGAUGUGCAGCUGAAACCUUGGGGUGCUGCUGACCUGCAGGACAUGCAGCUGAAGCCCUGGAACACUGCUGACCUGCAGAGUGUGCAGCUGAAACCCUGCAGUGCUGCUGAGAUGAAGGACAUGCAGCUAAAACACUGCAGUGCUGCUGAGAUUAAAGACAUGCAGCUGAAACCUUGGGGUGCUGCUGACCUGCAGGAUGUGCAGCUGAAGCCCUGGAACACUGCUGAGCCCUGCAGUGCUGCUGACCUGCAGGACGUGCAGCUGAAGCCCUGCAGUGCUGCUGACCUGCAGGAUGUGCAGCUGAAGCCCUGCAGUGCUGCUGAGCCCUGCGCCCUGCGGUGCUGCUGA